AUGGGCAAACAGAAGAAGAAGGGCCAGUCCGGCCAGUCGAAGAACUAUAUCACUCGGACGCAAGCAGUCCGCAAACUGCAGAUCUCGCUGGCCGAUUUCCGAAGACUGUGCAUCUUCAAGGGCAUCUACCCUCGAGAACCACGAAACAUCAAGAAAGCCAAUAAAUCGGCGACUCAUUCGACGACUUUCUACUAUACUAAGGACAUCCAGUAUCUCCUUCAUGAGCCUCUCCUGGCUAAAUUUCGAGACCAAAAGGCCCUAGACAAAAAGAUUGCAAGAUCACUUGGCCGCAACGAAGUGCAAGAUGCAGUGCGCCUGCAGAAACAUGGCUUGCCCAAGAUCAAGCUUGAUCACAUUGUUCGAGAGAGAUACCCUACUUUCAUUGACGCACUUCGCGAUCUCGAUGAUGCCUUGUCCCUCCUUUUCCUCUUUGCCAAUCUCCCGUCCACUACCGCCGUGCCUGCAAAAGUCAUCUCCCGCUGUCAGCGCCUCUGCCACGAAUUCGAACACUAUCUAAUUACGACACACUCGCUACGCAAGUCUUUCCUUUCCAUCAAGGGUAUAUACUAUCAGGCUACGAUUCAAGGCCAGGACAUUAUGUGGCUUGUUCCGUACAAAUUCGUGCAGAGAGUUACGCAGGAUGUGGACUACAGGAUCAUGGGCACCUUUGUUGAGUUCUACUGCACUCUACUCGGCUUCGUCAACUAUCGCUUGUACACAUCCAUUGGCCUUGUCUACCCUCCCAAGUUCGACUCUGCCAGUGACGAACGAGGUGCAGAGUUAGCUGCGUUCACAUUGGAAGGCCGCGGCAUCACCGCCUCGACAGACAAAGAGGAUGAGCAAAAGGCUUUGACCAACGGACAUUCUCAGAAUGGCAAUUCCAAGGCUAUACAAGCACAGAUUGAGAAAGCUGCGCAAGAAGUAGGCACCGAAGAGGAGCCCAAACAAGACGAGGAGCCGGAAGACCAACAAGACGUCGGAACGAUUGAUACCUUUACGCAAGCAGCGCCUGAAGGAGACAUCUUGCCACAGCCUGACAUGACCGGAGACGCCGCAGCAACACUUUUCUCGAAUUGCACAUUCUUCAUUUCCCGUGAGGCACCGCGGCACCCUGUCGAAUUUUUACUACGAGCUUUUGGCUGCAAGAGAGUCGGCUGGGACGCUGUCCUCGGGGAGGGUGCGUUUACACAUGACGAGAAAGACCCUCGAAUUACACACCAGAUCGUCGACAGACCUGCCCCUGCCCAACCGCUUCCCGCACUCCAAGGACAAGAAGUUUCGAACAAAGACCAAAAUCUACAAGUUGUAAAGCCUGGCUACAUCAUGCCUGGCCGUACCUACGUUCAGCCGCAAUGGGUCUGGGAUUGUGUGAAUGAAGGGAAGCUGUUACCUACCGAUGUCUAUGCGCCGGGUGAAACAUUGCCUCCGCACCUGAGUCCGUGGGUCAAGCCAACCGGUGGACAGUACGAUCCCAGGGCGACCUUGGAAGAGCAAGAACUCGAGGGCGAGGCGGACGACGCUAUUGAUGAAGACGAAGCUGCGGAUGUUGAAGGCUCCGAAGGAGAGGAGAUGGAAGAAGACGAAGAAGAUGAAGAAGAUGAAAUCGAUGGCGGAAUGGACGUAGCGGGAUCAGAAGACGAUGAGGAAGACGACGACGACGACGACGAAAACGAAGAGGUUGAAGCUGAAGCUGGUGACGCCUUUGGCGGUUUCGAGGACGCUGUUGAUGAUUCUGCCGAUUCGGAACUUGAUGAGGAGGCACAGCACCAGAAAGAACUCGAGGCCGAACUCUCAGGUCGACCUGUCCCUGUACCAACAACCAAGUCCAAAGAGGACGCGCAGAAGACCAAAGCCCGUCAAGCCCGUCAAGCAGCCCAGGCCAAGAAGGACGAAGAGGUUGAGCGGCAGAAGAUGAUGAUGAGCAACAAGAAGAGGAAGUUGUACGAGAAGAUGCAGCACGGAAAUGCCAAACGAGAUCUCGAAGCAGAGAAGCUGCGCGCAAAGAGGAGGAAGUUGGAGCGUGCUGGAAAAAAUCAAAAGGCAUGA